AUGGGCUACGGCAUGGCUGCCAAUGUCCGUAAGCAGAUGGACUCCACUGCUACCCUGUACAUCAAUGAUGUCCAUGGUCCGAGUUGUGAGAAAUUCAAGGCGGAGUUUUCCUCGAUUGGCCCUGUCGAGGUUGUCAAAACUGCCAAGUCUGUUGCCGAGAAGGCGCAAUCAAUUAUCUCUAUUGUCCCUACAGGGCACAUUGUCAAGGAUGUGUAUCUCAAUCCGGAGACUGGUGUGAUCGCUGCUGGCCAAGCUUGCAGUACUUCACAGAAUGCUCAAAGAUUAUAUCUCGAAUGCAGCACCAUCGAAGUAGAAACAGCCAAGGAUAUUGUGGCCCAGCUAAAUAAGGCUGGAAUGGGCUCUUAUGUCGACACUCCUGUGUCUGGAGGCAAGCCUGCCGCUGACAAGGGUAGCUUAUCUUUCUUGAUAGGCGCACCGGAGGCCCGAGAGGGUAUUGAUCUAGACUCUAUUUCCAAACGCUUGCGAACGAUAGCUGGCUACAUGGGCCCCGCGAAUAAGGCUUUCUUCUGUGGCGAGGCUGGGAACGGUCUCGCUGCCAAGAUCUGCAACAACUACCUCUCCUGUACCAUCUUGCUAGCCAACUGCGAGGCCAUGGCUUUUGGCCGAAAGCUUGGCCUGGAUAAACAUCUCUUACACAAAGUGAUUCAUAACUCUACUGGUCAGAACUUCAUGCUUGACCAUGUGAAUCCUGUUCCUGGUGUUGUGGCCCAUGCUCCGAGCAGCAAUGGAUAUGCGCCUGGCUUCAAAUCACAGAUGCUGGUCAAAGAUGUAGGGCUUGGUGUUCAUGCAGCAAGAAGUGUUGGUAUAAAUCCGUCAAUCGGUAGUGCGGCUAUUAAGACUUUUGAGAAGGCUGGAAAUGACCCAAUAUGCUUUGAUAAGGACGGUUCUGUGGUGUAUCGCUGGCUUGGCGGUCCUGAGGACUAG